GUCGGACUUGAACAAACACAUUCAAAUGAAACGAAAAAACAGUGAAUAUUUACUAACAAUGACUGUUUCCUAAAACACAAAAUGUGUCUUCUUACAAAAACGGUGCGAUUGGAAUUUGGAUAUGUUGAGUCUACUCUUAACUCGAAAUGUUUGUACCAUUACUUCACACUUUGGGUGAUGUGAGACCCUGUUUUCAUGCGGAGUGUUCUGCUGAAUGAUAGAGAAGAACCAUGCAUCCGAGUAACAGCAGUUUGCUACACCUGGGUCUGAGUGGGCGUGUAGGGGGUCAGGAGGACGCGGAGAGCCCAGAGCAGGCUAACCUGUCCGAAGAAUCGCUCCACAACCUCUCGCUGGACUGCUGGCUCAAUCUCCUCUCCAGAGAGUCUGCUCCGGAGCUUUAUGGGGACAGCGCGAACAUGACGAUGCGAGUGGUCAUUGCUCUGGUCUACCUGGUGGUGUGUGCUCUGGGGCUGGUGGGAAACCUCCUGGCGCUGUUCCUUCUCCACUCCCGCCACCAGUUGCACCACUCGUCUAUUGACUUCUUUGUGAGGAGCCUGGCAGUGACUGACCUCCAGUUCGUCCUCACCCUGCCCUUCUGGGCUGUGGACACUGCCCUGGACUUCCGCUGGCCCUUCGGCAGGGUCAUGUGUAAGAUUGUCAGCUCUGUGACCACCAUGAACAUGUACGCUAGCGUCUUCUUCCUGACGGCCAUGAGCGUGGCUCGCUACUGCUCCCUCGCCUCCUCACUGAGGAUAAGCAGCCCCAAAAUGGCUGCGGCUCGCGCCAAGUGGGCCAGUUUUGCCAUCUGGGUGGUGUCACUGGCGGUCACGAUGCCCCACGCCAUCUACUCCACCACAGUCCAGGUGUCUGCGGAUGACGAGCUGUGUCUGGUCCGGUUUUCUGGAUCUGCCUCGGGUCACUGGGACUCUCAGGUUCUACUGGGCCUCUACCAGACACAGAAGGUACUGCUGGGAUUUGUGGUUCCUUUGGUAGUGAUCAGUGUGUGUUACCUCCUCCUGAGCCGGCGAGUCAGUGGCGUAGUUGGCAGCGUUGGGGUCAUGGAGAGGUCAGAGAGGUCCCAUCAACGGCGCCGCUCCAAAGUGACCCGCUCGGUGACCAUCUUGGUGCUCUCCUUCUUCCUCUGCUGGCUGCCCAACCAGGCUCUUACACUGUGGGGAGUGCUGAUCAAAUUUGACCUUGUGCCCUUUAGUAAGGCCUUCUACAAUGCCCAGGCCUAUGCUUUCCCUCUGACUGUUUGCUUGGCUCACACCAACAGCUGCCUGAACCCCGUGCUGUACUGCCUGAUGCGACAGGAGUACAGGGCCGGACUCAAGGAGCUGCUGCUCCGAGUCUUGCUGUCCAUCAGCAACUUUCUCACCUUGGCUCUGAGGGGGAAGAGAGUGGAGGAGGCACCGCCUAGCAUGGUGGUUAUACACAGGGAUGUCAACGUGUGACUGACUGUAGGGCCAUACGGAUGUUAAGGAUGCAUUUCAUUGGCAAGUUUCUCAUAGUCGAGGAUGCUGUACAGGUCAGGAACAGUCAAGUUGGAAAGUAGCCUACAUGAGUAAUUGAUUAAACGUUUUCAGCUCGAGACCCAAAUGAGAAAUAUACCGUCCUCCGGCGACCCAAAUUAAAAAGAAACAGUGUGUCAAUAUAGAUGUAUUCUUUUAACUAGCGAACUACAUGCCCAGGGCCCACUUUGGGUCCUGACCGAUAGUUUAAGAAACCCCAAUGAAUUAUAUACGACAUAUGCAUUUUCUUCAUUCAUUGGACACACACAUUAUUGAGCUAUUGUGGGAAUGGAGCGGAGAUAUCAGUGUGAGACUACUUAAUGGCCAGUGCAGUUAAAAUGUGAUUUCCUUGUUUUUUGUGUAAGAGCUGUUUGAAAAUAAUCCUGAAAUGUCAUCCUGGUCAGGUGGGAUGGGACUUUGGGCCCCACAUCAUGACUUCACAAUAAGAUCUGACUAUAAUAGACCAAUAACUGUUCAUCUGGGUAAGGGGUGGGCUCAAGAACAUCCUAUCAGCUAAUCAGGGUUGUGUAUGUCAAUAUCUUCACAUUUGUUUCCUAACGCCCACAUGAUCAGACUGAGCAUUUUAAGGGCCAAAGGAGGCUCAGGGAAAUGCCUAAAAAAUAUAUAUAUAUAUUUUGGAGUUGUUUUCAUUAAAUGAACACAUACAGUGAUUUAUUAGACAUACAGUGGUAACCAGUGGAAGCAAAAUAGCCACAUAACAUCAAAGAUCCACCACUAUAUUUUACAGUAGGUACAGUGCCUUGCAAAAGUAUUCACCUCCCUUGGCGUUUAUCCUAUUUUGUUGCAUUACAACCUGUAAUUUAAAUGUAUUUUUAUUUGGAUUUCAUGUAAUGGAUAUAAACAAAAUAGUUCAAAUUGGUGAAGUGAAAUUUUUAAAAUUAAUUGUUUCAAAAAAGUUUUUAAAAAAAGGAAUGAAGCCCCUAAAUAAGAUCUGGUGCAACCAAUUACCUUCAGAAGUCACAUAAUUAGUUAAAUCAAGUCCACCUGUGUGCAAUCUAAUUGUCACAUGAUCUCAGUAUAUAUACACCUGUUCUGAAAGGCCCCAGAGUCUGCAAUACCACUAAGCAAGGGGCACCACCAAGCAACCAGCGCUAUGAAGAGCUAUGAAAGUACAGACCAGGGUUAGGUUAUAAAGAAAUAUCAGAAACUUUGAACAUCCCAUGGAGCACCAUUAAAUCCAUUAUUAAAAAAUGGAAAGAAUAUGCCACCACAACAAACCUGCCAAGAGAGGGCCGCCCACCAAAACUCACGGACCAGGCAAGGAGGGCAUUAAUCAGAGAGGCAACAAAGAGACCAAAGAUAACCCUGAAGGAGCUGCAAAGCUCCACAGUGGAGAUUGGAGUAUCUCCAUAGGACCACUUUAAGCUGUACACUCUCCAGAGCUGAGCUUUACGAAAGAGUGUCCAGAAAAAAUAAGCAAACAUGUUUGGUGUUCACCAAAAGGCAUGUGGGAGACUCCCCAAACAUAUGGAAGAAGGUACUCUGGUCAGAUGAGACUAAAAUUGAGAUUUUUGGCCAUCAUGGAAAACGCUAUGUCUGGCGCAAACCCAACACCUCUCAUCACGCCGAGAACACCAUCCCCACAGUGAAGCAAGGGGGUGGCAGCAUCAUUCUGUGGGGAUAUUUGUCACCGGCAGGGACUGGGAAACUGGUCAGAAUUGAAGGAAUGAUGGAUGGCGCUAAAUACAGGGAAAUUCAUGAGGGAAACCUGUUUCAGUUUUCCAGAGAUUUGAGACUGGGACGGAGGUUCACCUUCCAGCAGGAUCAUGACCCUAAGCAUACUGCUAAAGCAACACUUGAGUGGUUUAAGGGGAAACAUUUAAAUGUCUUGGAAUGGCCUAGUCAAAGCCCAGACCUCAAUCUGAUUGAGAAUCUGUGGUAUGACUUAAAGAUUGCUGUACAUCAGUGGAACCCAUCCAACUUGAAGGAGCUGGAGCAGUUUUGCCUUGAAGAAUGGGCAAAAAUCCCAGUGGCUAGAUGUGCCAAGCUUAUAGAGACAUACCCCAAGAGACUUGCAGCUGUAAUUGCUGCAAAAGGUGUCUCUACAAAGUAUUUGUCACGUUCUGACCUUAGUUCCUUUUUUAUGUCUUUAUUUUAGUUUCGUCAGGGCGUGAGUUGGGGUGGGCAUUCUAUGUUGUUUUUCUAUGUUUUGUUCUAGUCGUUAUAUUUCUAUGUGUUUGGCCUAGUAUGGUUCUCAAUCAGAGGCAGGUGUCGAUCGUUGUCUCUGAUUGCGAAUCAUACUUAAGUAGCCUGUUUUCCCACUAUGGGUUGUGGGUAGUUAUUUUCUGUUUAGUGUUUUUGUUUGCACCUUACAGAACUGUUCGUUUGUCGGUUUGUUGUUUUUGUUCAGUAUUCAUUCUUUAUUAAAUUAUUAUGAAUACGUACCACGCUGCACUUUGGUCCUCUUCUCCUUCCACCAACGACAACCGUUACAGAACUACCCACCAACCAAGGACCAAGCAGCGUGGUAAACGGGAGCAGAGGAUUAUGGACUCAUGGACAUGGGAGGAGAUACUAGACGGUAAGCGACCCUGGGCACAGGCUGGGGAAUAUCGCCGCCCCAAGGAAGAACUGGAGGCAGCGAAAGCUGAGCGGCGGCGAUAAGAGGAGGUAGCACGGCAGCGCGACAGGCACGAGAGGCAGCCCCAACAUUUUUUUUAGUGGCAGAGUCAGGUUGGAGACCUGAGCCCACUCCUUGUGCUUAUCGUAAGCAGCGCGUUACUGUUAUGCGGUUAAGCGCACGGUGUCGCCAGUACGCGUUCGUAGCCCGGAGCGCUAUAGGCCAGUCCCCCGCAAGUGCCAUGCGAAAGUGGGCAUCCAGCCAGGGCAUAUUGUGCCGGCUCAGCUUGUCUGUUCUCCGGUACGCCGUUUCGGCCCAGGGUAUCCUGCGCCGGCUCUGCGUGCUGUGUCUCCGGGGCGCUGGGAGGGUGCAGUGCGUCCUAUGCCUGCCCUCCGCUCAUGCCGGGCGAAUGUGGGCAUUGAGCCUAUGGAAGAGGUGCGAGUGGUAUGCACCAGAUCUCCAGUGCUCACUCACAGCCCGGUUCAACCUGUGCUUGCACUCUGGAGGGUCCGGGCUAAAAUGGGCACUAGAGCUCCAGUGCUCCCCCACAGCCCGAUCCAUCCGGUGCCUCCUCCAUUUGGAUGGAUUCUGUGUGGAGGAAUAGUCUAAGAUCCCUCCCAAUGUGUUCUAAAAGAUUUUAGAAAAAGUCUCAGUGCCAUUAUUCUCCCAAUGUCAGGUAUUGAAAACAAGUGUGCCAAUAAUUUUGACCCCUACCUUUUUGAGAUUUUUUUAAAUAAUAUUAUUUUAUACUCAUACAAUAGCUCAGAGAAAGAGAUUUUGUUUAACAAAUCAUUUCAGCAACCAAAAAAUUGCAUAUUUUAUACAGUCAUUUUUGCUCAUAUUUAUCAAGGGUGUCGAUCAUUUCAGACCCCACUGUAUAUUCAGGAUCAAAGUUUGUCAUCUGUGGUAACUGAGCUGGCAAAGUCUGUGAUAUUUUGAAGUGGGACGGGGGAAGGGGGCAGAGAUGAAAAGUUAUGUGAUGAGUGAGUUACCCCCAUGCAAUGUAAAGCGUUUUCAGUUUUAGAAAAGCACUAUAAACGAUCAUAUAACCGUGGAUGGUUCAUCAUCAAUACAUCAUCAUUAUGCUUGUUUGAUUCAAUAAAUUCUUAUCACAUCAUCUUGAAUGUACAUUUUUGUCUUUUAAAAUGAACCUUAUUUGUUUAUUUUUCUGCUCCAGGAAUAGCAGCAAAUCACAAACAUAUUGAUGAGAUUGUUGUGGGUUGUCAGGUCAUCUUAGCCAAAAAUGCUAAAAUACCUCCAGUAACUAUGAAUGUGAAACAAUUAUUUGAAAACUAUUUUUAAAGUAUAAAGUAAACUAUACAGUUAAACAACUAUUCACCUACUAUAUUGCCAUCGGGCUUGCAAAAUAACACAUUGACAUCUUAAUGAAGGGGCAUCAGUUGAUGUUGGUGAUCUGUUUUGCUGUACAUACAAUGCUUUAAUGUAUGUUAAGGACUGUGAAUGUAAAUAAAG